AUGGCAUCCGUCUACAAAUCGUUAUCGAAGACCGCCGGUGUCAAGGAGGAGGGCCCUGUGAACGGCAUCAAGAAAAACAAGCAGAGAGUGCUAAUCCUGUCCUCGCGAGGAAUUACGUCCCGACACCGACACCUCUUGAAUGAUUUGGCUUCUCUGCUACCCCACGGACGCAAAGAUGCAAAGCUUGAUACUAAGUCUAAGCUGUACCAAUUGAACGAACUGGCCGAGCUGUACAACUGCAACAAUGUGUUUUUCUUCGAGGCGCGGAAGGGCAAGGAUCUGUACCUCUGGAUGAGCAAAGCGCCUAACGGCCCAACCGUCAAGAUGCACCUGCAAAACCUACACACGAUGGAAGAACUCCACUUCACAGGGAACUGCCUCAAAGGCUCCCGGCCCAUCCUCUCCUUCGACGCCUCCUUCGACAAGGAAGCGCACCUCCGUGUCCUGAAGGAGCUCUUUCUCCACAUCUUUGGCGUGCCGAAGGGCGCCCGUAAAUCCAAGCCCUUCAUCGACCACGUCAUGGGCUUCACGCUCGCCGACGGCAAGAUUUGGAUCCGCAACUACCAGAUCUCCGAGACGGAGGCAUCGAAAAUCACAACGGAGACUGCCGCUGCUGAUGGGACACCGAAAAUCAAGCAGAAAAAUGUGAAGGGCACGGAGACGGAAAUAAGUCUUGUGGAGAUUGGCCCUCGCUUCGUGCUGACGCCGAUUGUGAUCCAGGAAGGCAGUUUUGGAGGCCCCAUCAUUUACGAGAACAAGGAGUUUGUGAGCCCGAACCAAGUGAGAAGUGAGAUUCGGCAGAAGAAGGCUGGACGGUAUAGUGCGAGGGCCGAGCAGGAAAUCGAGAGGCUGGCGAAGAAGGGCGAGCUGGGUCUGCGGACCAGUGGUGGGAGGAAGAUGGAAAAGGAUGCGCUGGAUACCAAGGAGCUGUUUGCUUAG